GAAAAGUGGCCGAGCGAUGGACGCGUGGGACACCGCGGCUGCGGAAUAUAUGGACGACAGCACCUGGCUGGUGCGCAUGGAGCAUCUCGCGCCCGUGGACUAGUGGGACACUGAGGAGCGUUUCUCGUGCACGGGUCAGGGCAAUCUGCUGCAGCAGUGAUGAUCGCGACCGGCGGAGUCAUCACCGGCCUGGCUGCGCUCAAGAGGCAGGACUCGGCCAGGUCCCAGCACCAUCUCGCCACGGCCCCAGCGGAUGCGACGCAGCAGAGGAAGCGGGCCAAGAGGAAGCCUCGUGCCGAUGUGGUCGUGGUGAGGGGGAAGAUCCGGCUCUACUCCCCCUCUGGGUUCUUUCUCAUCCUCGGUGUGCUGAUCCUGAUGGUUGGCAUAGCCAUGGCUGUGCUGGGCUACUGGCCACACAAGGAUCACCUCUUGGUGCCAGGCUCAAAGCUCUCCACUAACAACACCCAGGUGACCCGCGACCAGGGGGGAACGGUCAUCCAGUUCCUCGAGCAGCACCUGCAUUCGGAGAAAAUGAAGAUGUUAGGACCCUUCACUAUGGGCAUUGGGAUCUUCAUCUUCAUCUGCGCCAACGCCAUCCUUCAUGAGAACCGAGACCGGGAGACCAAAGUGAUCCACAUGCGGGAUAUGUACUCCACUGUGAUCGACAUCCACAGCAUGAGGAUGAAGGAGAACAGGUGCAUGAACGGGGCCUAUGCCGGUCCCUACGGCGAGCGUGAGGUGAGGACGUACGAGAACCAGUGUGCCUCGAAGCUUGCUGCCAAUACACUGCUGACCUUUUCGGGCACCGGGAGCGAUGUGAGGGUGUCGUGUAGGACCAGCUCCGCCGAGGAGGAGGAGAGCUUGCUGAGCGAGGUCAAGGGUCCCUCCGUCCUCCUGCAGCCUGGCUACCGGGAGCGAUCGGGAUCCGUGUUCGGCUUGCAGCCGGAUGGCGGACGUCACAAGGAUGACCGGCAUGGCGUCCUGAAGAAAUGCCAGACGAAGUCUAUUGUGUCAUCCUCCAUCAGCGCCUUCACCCUCCCUGUGAUCAAGCUCAACAACUGCGUGAUCGACGAGCCAGACAUCGACAGCAUCACAGAGGACUCCGAGCUCAGGAGGGAGUGGCCGGGGCCGCCAUCGAUGGAGUCCCUGGCCGUCCCCUUCCCAGACACUGCCAAAGCGUUCAAGCCUCCUGGCAUGGAGCUCACCAGGAGCAACUCCACUGAACCCCCCUCCAUUGCGUCGUCACAGACUUCUCUGUCCCCAGGGUCGGUCACUGGACGAUACCUGUCUCCUGGGGCUGCCAGGAAGGAUUUCUCCUCCAACAACUCCCUCCACAUGCUCUCGGCCCACUCCAAGUCCCUAGACCUGGAGAGGAGCCACACGACCCUCACGGUCCAGCCAGAGCAGAGGAAGCAUCCCAGCUGGCCCAGGCUGGACCGCAGCAACAGCAAAGGGUACAUGAAGUUGGAGAACAAAGAGGACCCAAUGGACAGGCUUCUGGUUCCGCAGGUCACCGGCAAACGGGAUUACACCAAGAAAGAAAAGCUGCUCAUGAUCUCCAGAUCUCACAACAACCUCAGUUUCGAACACGACGAGUUCAUGAGUACCACGCUUAAGAGAGGGACCUCGGAAACUCGCUUCUGAACAGUUGCCUUCCAGGGUUACGCGCAAUGCUGUGCAGCCGCGUUCGCGACGAGAAUGUGGAAUUUCCUGCGUAUGAAUCAUAGCUUUCGAAGGUCUGAAUUUACAGCCAAUUUUAAUCAGCAGAAAUAUUUUGAAUAAUACGUCGCGAGUGCUUUAGGAUGAUUCCUCAGGUUGGCAGUUAGUAAAGUCGAUUUUUAAGGCGAGAUAAAUCAGGGCAGGACCGUAAGGUGUGUAACAGAUAAAGCAAUUAUAAAUGGAGGUUGAAAAUUUGAUUAUUCACACUUUCAGGAGGAACACGAACAUGAAAUUGUGAUAAAUUCAGCAAGAGAACACAAUCUAAUUACCUUGUGGUUUGUUUUAAUUGUUGUGUUCAUCUGUGCAGUGCGAAAUCAAAGUAGUUUGUUUCAAAUAGGUCUGUAUAUUGUACCAGGGGUGGCUGAAUAUUUUGCUAUGGAGCUUUCAAUAAUUUAUUGUUCCUAACACAGCUAUUUUUUGAAAAAAAAAAAAAG